AUGGCGGAUGAUCCUACGUCUCAGGCCAACUAUACAGAGAUCGCUACAGAACAUGUAUCAUUCAAAUGGACUAUCGACUUUGCGAACCAGAAAAUUGCUGGCUCUGCAACUCAUGAUCUUAGAGUCUUGAAGGACGACAUUGGUGAAGUGAUCUUUGACACAGCAGAUCUGGUCCUUGAGUCUGUAGAAGUAGAGGGGAAGUCGGCUUCAUAUGAAGUCAAACCAAAGCAUCCGAUUAUGGGCUCUGCGCUCCACAUUCCUCUUCCGUCUGGACUCAAGUCUGGAUCCUUAAUCAAAGCGACGAUCAAGUACGAAACUACGAAGGAAUGUACGGCUCUCCAAUGGCUAGCGAAAGAACAAACGCAGGGAAAAUCGUUCCCAUAUCUGUUUAGUCAGUGCCAGCCUAUAUACGCGCGAGCGAUGGCCCCAGUACAGGACUCCCCAUCAGUCAAGAUCAAAUACUCUGCGGAAGUCACGUCGAUUCUCCCCGCUCUUAUGUCCGCUAUUCGUCAAUCGCCCCCAUCGGAUGGACCUGCCCAUGACGGAAAAGUCAUCGGGAAAGAUGCAGUCACUUACGUUUAUCACCAACCAAUUCCAAUUCCAUCCUACUUGAUCGCCAUCGCAGCAGGAAAUGUGGUUUACCGUCCCUUUCCUCGUCUCCCUGGCAAGGAAUGGACUUGCGGAAUCUGGUCGGAGCCAGAGUUAAUUGAAGCUGCUUACUGGGAAUUCAGCGAAGAUACUGCACGCUUCCUCGCAUCAGCAGAAGACAUCGUGGUUCCGUAUCGCUUUGGCGUGUACGACUUGUUGGUUUUACCUCCAUCGUUCCCCUACGGAGGAAUGGAAAACGCUUGCUUGACGUUCCUGACUCCUACUUUACUUGCUGGGGACCGCACCCUGGUAGAUGUCAUUGCCCAUGAACUCACCCAUUCUUGGUUCGGAAAUGGCGUAACGCACGCGCACGCUUCCCACUUUUGGCUCAACGAGGGAUGGACCACCUAUAUCGAGCGACUCUUGUUGCAAGUCAUCCACUCACCUGCUGAACGAGGUUUUUCCUUCAUCAUUGGGAACAAAGCUCUGAAAGACGAUUUGGAGAUGUAUGUCGACCGACCGAAAUAUCAACGACUCGUGAUCGAAUUCGAGAAAGGAGAAGACCCAGAUGACGCUUACAGUGGAAUUCCAUAUGAUAAAGGUGCCAAUCUGAUUUUACAUCUCGAGAGGACCCUCGGCGGACUGGAUGUUUUUUUACCAUACGUCCGAGACUAUGUGUCUACUUUUAUGGGGAAGAGCAUUACAACGCAACAGUGGAAAUCGCAUCUAUACGGGUACUACGAGAGGAACGGCGGCGCGGAGAAAAUCAAGGCCCUCGACAGUAUUGACUGGGAGGCUUGGUUCUACGGCGAGGGCUUGGAACUCCCCGUCAAGAUGGAGUACGAUUCGAGCUUAGCGGAGUCAGCUUACAAGCUUGCUGAACGUUGGGACUCUUCUCGAUCAGUCGAAAUUUCGAAGUUGGCGUUCCAGGCAAAUGAUUUGGACGCGUUUAGCUCUACUCAAAAAGUUGUCUUUCUGGAGCGCCUGCAAUCUUAUAAACCCCUUCCUUCGAGCCACAUCGAGCAUCUAGCUUCGUUAUACAAAGUGUCCUCUACUCACAAUGCAGAAAUUCGACUGCGAUUCUAUCAGUUUUCACUGGUUGAUCCAUCGUCUCCUGCUGCUCAGAAAUAUGCGGCGGAGGCAGCGGACUGGGUCAUCGGUGGUGGAAGUGGUAUGGUCGUGGGUAGGAUGAAGUUUUGUCGAGAUGUUUUCCGUGCGGUGUUCAAAGUGAACAAGGAUCUUGCGGUAAAUGCGUUUCAGAAGGAGAAGAAUUCAUUCCAUCCUAUUGCGAGAAAGUUGAUCGAGAAGGAAAGCAUGCGCUUGAGAAUGUUGUGA